GCCACCUGUCCAUAAAAAAUAAAGAAAAGCGACUUUUAAUCUCAGGUAUCGCUUCCAGUCUCUUCAGAAAAGUCAGCAGUGUUGUUUCGGUAGUUGAUCAGCAGUUCGCCGAAAGUGUGUGUGCGCUCCCUGGGUGUAUUUCUGUGCCGGAGCCCCUCCUCUGCUUGGUUCGGCCGCUGGAGGUUGAUGUCGCUGGCAGAGUCUUCAGGACAGGACACAACUAGGUAGAGCUGGCCAGGGAGGAGGAAAAAGAAAAAUGUUGCAGCUAGGAUCCUGUUCAUGGACGCUGCGGGCAGGCUGCUGAUACCAGCCCGGUGGCCUUGUAGGUGCUGUCAAGCUGAAAGGUUAAGGUAGUCCAGGAGCCGCAGUAGUAUUUUUAGAUCUCUUCUUUGAGGUACACAAAAAAUGUCGUCUCCAAGUCCGGGCAAGAGGCGAAUGGACACCGACGUGGUGAAACUCAUUGAGAGCAAACACGAGGUCACUAUCCUGAGUGGACUGAAUGAGUUUGUGGUCAAGUUCCACGGACCACCUGGAACACCGUAUGAAGGAGGCGUGUGGAAGGUUCGGGUGGACCUGCCAGAUAAAUAUCCAUUCAAAUCACCGUCAAUAGGUUUUAUGAACAAAAUCUUUCAUCCCAAUAUCGAUGAAGCGUCAGGAACCGUGUGUUUAGAUGUAAUCAACCAGACAUGGACGGCCCUCUACGACCUCACCAACAUCUUUGAGUCCUUUCUCCCUCAGCUGCUCGCCUACCCCAACCCCAUCGACCCUCUGAACGGGGACGCCGCCGCCAUGUACCUGCACCGGCCAGAGGACUAUAAACACAAGAUCAAAGAAUACAUCCAGAAGUACGCCACAGAGGAGGCUCUAAAGGAGCAGGAGGAGGGCGGAGGCGACUCCUCCUCCGAGAGCUCAAUGUCGGACUUUUCCGAGGACGAGGCUCAGGAUAUGGAGUUGUAGUGAAGGCAGAACCGUCCUUCACCUCACAACGGACUAUCAUUUCCUAAAGAGCAGAAACUCGGUACUAUAUUCGUAUUUAAACAAACAGGACAAUUUUUUACAGUAACACAAGGAUUUUUAUUGCUACACAAGGUUUUGCAGUAUGGGAGAAAAAAAAACAAAAAAACCCCAACUAUGUCAUGUUUAGGAAAUCAUCACCAUCAGCUCCAGCGCUCUUCCUCAUCAUCCGGAGAGAUCAGAAUGAAGUGUUGCUUUAUUUCAGCUGAUCUCAACACGGGAUUUUCACGCUGCACUAUAAAACUGACACAGGACGGCACUCGUCAACACCUUUUUACCACCUUUUUACUUUUGCCAUCAUUUCCUCGUUAAGGCAGAGCUGGAUGACUAAAACAGAAAGAGAGAUUUAAAAAUAAGAACUCGUUUUUUUUUCCCACUGCCACCUACGAGGAGCUGCAAUCAUCACAAUCACCGCUACGAAAGGGUUGAAAAGCAGCGGCAGGCCACAGUGGGCUCAUGUUUUCGGUGUACAGGCUGCAGUUUCAGUUUCAGGACUGCAGAAAGAUGCAGACACAUCACACACUUUCUAAGCGCAUCAGCGUGUGCAUGAAUCUCAUCCUUUGACGCGUUGUGUUGCUCCGAUGAUGCUCAGCAGGAAUCAGGGAGAGAGCUCCGUAAUCAAUAUCCUCUGUUUUCUAGCACCCGCCUUCUUCUCUUUUCCUCCUCUUCCUCUUCCUCCUUCUCCUCCUCCUCUCCGUUUUAGGAAAGUAUUUGCCAUUCUGAGUAUCUUUGUGUGUUGUGGCAUGACACAGAAGUACAGUCAAGGGUCAGUGGGGAUUAUUGUUGAACUUAACUCUGCCUAUUGCUUGUGUUGAACUGUCAUAGGUGUCUGACAUGCGUAGGGAUAGUUAGUUUCUUUGCAGGUGGUGAAUCCUAUCAUGAUGUAUGGUUUAAUACUUGUAUAAUGACAACCAAAUGCUUUUCCUGUUAAAGAUGUGGAGCGUUAAAUCAUCUUCAUCUGCUGAAUUAACCCCUCCAAAGAGAUGUUGCCCCACCUGUCCCUCAUGGAAGUGUGUCCCAUUGCAGCGCUCUUUGUUUCAGAUUGGUCACAUUUACUGUUUCAUGCUGUCGGCUGCAUGUUUUUCCAAAAAUAUCGGGACCAAAAAUAUACUUAUUUAACGUUCCCCUAAAAGGUCGAACUCUAAAAUAAAAACUUUUAAGACGUCUUGGUUUAGUGCAGCUGAGCUUUAUGCAUCUGUGGGCGACAGAGCGGUGAAGGUGUUGGUGUUAAAUGCGCUGGGGAUGAGACAGGAAGGCAGGAGUGUCUUAACAUCAGAGCCAGUAAAAAAGAGCCGUUCCUUGUUGUUUGAAGGUGAUUUAAUCAGAUCUCAUUAAACUCCUCUGGUUAGCCUUUGUACCAAAUAGACUGCAUGUUGGUGUUAGUCUUAGGACAUGAUGUCUUCAAAUGCAACAGUAACAAAAAAAAAAGGAGCACCACUGUCCAGCCUCUUUGGAUGUCAUCAGGAUUCCUCGCUGCGUUUCUUUUCUUUUCUUUUUUUAUUAAUGCAACACAUGUUUGACGCCUUUAGUUUGUCUGAAUGUUUUUAUUUUGAACUUUUAAGCCAUGUGUCCAGGAUACAGAUCCAAAAUAUCCCCCGAUUUUUAAAUGGCAAAAAAAAUUUAAAAAAUCAAUAAACGUGCUUCCCUUGUAACUUGAAGAAGGAAAUAAACAACAAAAACAUACAU